CUCUUUGUGUAAAUAUAUAAAAGCUCUGGUCUCUGGUUCCUUUACCUAUUUUCUCACUUUCACAGAAAAAAACUUACUAAUUUUUCUUGGCCCUCAAGCGACUCAAACAGAUCUCCGGCAUUGACUCAAUCUUCAGUUCAAAUCCUUUCUGUGCUAGGAGUAACUGCUGCCUGUUUCAGAGAUCUGCCAACUCAAAAAGGAGAUUGUUUUAGGAGCAUUCCAAGGAAUUGGAGAAACCGGGCAGUGUUUCUGUUCGGUUUUAACUCAAACUGGGUUCUGCUCCUCUUUUAACUGUUUGUUUUUCAACUUUUAAAAAUUAAAAUUUUUUGUUCCUAUAUUGAUUCCGUCUCAGUUUCUUCCUAGCAAGAUAGUUCCACAAAAUGGGGCUCGAAGAUGAAGAUUUUCCCAGGAAAUCACAAACCACCUCGAAAUUAUAGGAUGAUUAAACUUUGUUGAGCAACUGGAAGGGAGAUGGAGAGUAGGACAUAGUGAGGGAGAAAAGCUUAAAGUUUGUAACCAUUUCCUCAAGCCUAAGCAAUGGAGACAGGCAGAGAAAACCAAAAAGAGUUGCAGAUGGAGGAUUCGUGGAUUCCGAAAACUCCUUUUAAGCCUAUUCUACCAAAAGCGCAGGUGAUCUCCACAAACACGCAAGGAAACCAGCUCGACCAAACAAACGGGUUGGGAUCAAAGGGAUUUUCAUCUGGGUGUUCUCAAGAAAGUAGAGAUAGAAUGUUGAGAGCAUAUUUAGAUUCUGCCGCGAAUGGCAACUGGAAGGCAGCUUUAGAAGCUCAAAAGGGCAUUACCAGUGACAGCGUUGAAACAUGCGGAGGAUUUCCCACCAACGGCACAGCCAGAUGCAACUUUACAUCUCUCUUGGCUCUUCAAGAUCAGGCCUCAGUAACCACCACCAGUCCAUUUGGAUCAAAUCGCUCUCCUAUAAAUGGCAAUUACUCGCAGGAAUCCCAGUAUAAUGUGCCUUCUUACAACCUUGGGGAACCAGCAGAAAGCAAGACCACCUCCCAGAUCAUUCCCUUAACACCAGAGAAGGACGCAAUAGUAGGAUGCAGACAAGUCACUCCGAUGAAAUAUGUAUGCACAGAACAAAGAGAGAAUCAGGAAAGAAAUGAGCAGGAGAAUGGAACUGCUACGACAGCAGUUGGGUUCCAAAUUGACAAAGAACAUCAAGAGCUACCAAAAGGUUCAUUGUCUGCUGUUGUUUGCACACUAAUCAAGGAAAACCACAAUCAUGAUAAGGAAACACCACAACAAAAACCUAGAAGGAGAAAGCACAGGCCAAAAGUAGUCACAGAAGGCAGACCAAGAACUAGAAAACCAGUGACUGCAAAGCCUACUCCUUCCACAGAAAGCCUAACUUUAAAGAGGAAGUAUGUGAGAAAGAAACCACUUAACAACGCCCCAAAACCACUCCCAGCAGUAUGUAAAGAGAACACAACAGGUAAAAGGACUUACGUGCGAAAGAAACCACUCAAUAAAGCCUCAACAACUCCCCUGGUAGGAGGAAGCGAGGAGUCAAGUAAUCCAAAAGCACUUGAGUCUGCCAAUAAAUCUUGCAGAAGGUCCUUAAAUUUUGACAUUGAAGCGAAACCAGGAGAUGACAGCUCCAAUUGCAAGCCAAAUUGUAACAAAUAUUCUCAACCACAAACACAAGAUGUUAGUGCUGGAAAUCAACCAAAAUCAACUGUGGCUAUUGGGCAAGGAAUUGAAGUAAUCGUAAAAACCACACAAGCAGGCAUUGCAUAUGAUCUUGCUGAUUCUGUGAACCAAAUGCUUAAAGAUUAUACCUCAUUGCCUGAAAAACAAGCACCAAGCACACCACUUCCUGCAAAGAGUUAUCCCCCGAAUGGAAAACAGAAUGACAAUUCCCAAGAGAGCCAUGCUAAAGCAAAAGCCCAAGGGACUGCUCAUACUGUACAUCAGAACACCACACAGAUCAUGUUGCCAGCUGACACUCAAUUGCCAUCAGCAAAUCCAGACGGCUCCAACUGCAGAACCUGCACAAUUUUGAUAGAUGAAGGAAAAGCAAAUGGAUCAAAAAGGAAGCUUUUCAGUUCCAUUAAACAACCAGAUUCCUACUGCACAAAUCCAUCUGGGAUUCAGUACAAUUCUUUACCUACAUACCAGAUAAUAUUUUCAGACAUUUUAAAGAAAAAGAGGACUGAGAAGGGGCAAAAUUCAACCAUAUCCAGCACAUCCUGUGUGACUGUUGCAAAAGACAUAGGAAGAACAGACAUAACAUGCUCACAAAAGGAUGUCAGAGUAUAUCCUUCUACAUCAACCUCCAACUGUUUGAUGUCUACUCCUCAUUGUACUGCUAAUGGAAUUCUCGGUGCAUAUGGAGAAACAGGAGGUCUUCAGUCUGAACUGCAAAAUUCUGACCCCAUUACAAGCCAAACAGAGAGGUCAACAAAAAAGAGAGCCCGACGCCCUACUCGAGUUCAAGAUUUGGUUUCACUAACCAAAACAGCAAGGGGCGCAAUGCAUCAAACUUACACAGCCAGACUAGUACCAGCAGAUUAUAAUGUGCAGCAAGUUGGGGACUCCAAUAGACCUCACGCAUGCAUAAAAGCUUUAGUUGCAGAACUGCGUGGAACAUUGACAACAAAGAAGAGAACUAAGAAGAGAGUCUUUCCUUUUAAUUCCUCAUCUUCCACUACAAAUGGGGAGCAAUCAAAUGAAAAAAUCAUCUUAUUCAAACAGAGCCAAUUCUUGGCCAAGUCAUUAGAUGGUCCUCCAGAAGUGAUAUGGAGCAUAUCUCCUGUUGAUGCUAUAGUUGAGCAAUUACAGCUUCUAGACAUUAAUAGAGAAAGUGGUGGCAUUGCAUAUAAAGAACAGAGUACGCUUGUUCCUUACAAUAUUGGAAAUGAGCAGCAGAAUGCACUGGUUCUUUAUAGAAGAGAUGACACCAUUAUACCCUUUGCUGAUUCAUUUGUACCCAUCAAGAAACGACGUCCACGGCCUAAAGUUUACCUAGAUGACGAAACUAACAGAGUAUGGAAACUUCUUCUGGGAAACAUCAAUAGUGAAGGCAUUGAUGGAACUGAUGAAGAGAAGGCAAAGUGGUGGAAAGAAGAACGAGAAGUGUUCCGUGGGCGUGCAAACUCAUUUAUAGCACGGAUGCAUCUUGUACAAGGGGAUAGACGCUUCUCUCAAUGGAAGGGAUCAGUUGUGGACUCAGUGAUUGGAGUAUUUCUUACUCAAAAUGUCUCUGACCAUCUUUCUAGUUCUGCAUUUAUGUCACUUGCUGCACAUUUUCCCUUGAAGUCAACAAGUAAUAACAAUCCAUGCUAUGAAGAACGGACAAGCUCAGUAAUUGAGAAACCAAUAGUUUGCAUGCCAGAUCUAGAAGCCAUAAAAUGGAAUGAGAUGUCAAAUCAAUCAAUUUGUGAUCAAAGUUCCAUGACCCUCCAUGACCCUGAGCUUGAUGAAGAACGAGAAGUAGUCAACAGCAAUGAAUCCUCUACAAGCAGUACCAGUAUCAUUGGCUCUAGAAGUGACACAUACUACGGAUCAAUGGUAAACAGAUCAACCACAGAGACCACCAAGACAGCAGAUAUCGGUUAUAUAGGAGAAAAGACAAGUGCAACAAAUGAUGCAUUUUCAUCCCAAAAUUCUGUGAUUUCAUCCCAAAAUUCUGCGGAUUCACCAACUGCUCAAACUGCUGAAAGAAAAGAAUCCUUCUCAGGGAACUCAGAAGCAGAAGAUUUAAUUGAUGUAUCUAAAUUUAAUAGUUGGAACAGCUCUAGUUCUUUCAUGGAGCUUUUAAUAAAGGCUGGAUCUAACAAGCUAUUUGAAGUUCAGAGUCAUGGCAACGACAGUGUCUUAUCUGAUCAGAACUCAAAAGAUGAGUGUAACGAAACCCAAAAUGCAGGAAAUGACUUCCGCAUGCAUAAGACAUACAAUGUAGAUAGUCCUAAAAGCUCCUUAGAAGCAUCUGCAUUUGUGACCCCAUCCAAUAACUGUCAAUCGCGUCUUAUUUCCAACUUGGAAGGUCUGGGAUUUGAGUGCUAUAAGAUGAUCACUGAGGAAACAAGAUGUUAUGAAAUAUCAAAGAACAGUAGAAACAGUAUGAAAGAACAGAGUUCCUUUACAUCAAAAUCUGCCAGUCAAACUACAGAUGAAAAUAAUAUGACUGUUGCCGCUCAAGAAGCAUCAGCAUCUCCAACUCCAAAUAAUCCAUCAUGCAGCAAGAUUCAAGAAGGCAAGCAUAUGACCACUCAAACUCAAAGAAAGCUUGUUGAAGACCUUCACAUUUUUGGCAAAUCACAGAAUCAGAUGCAAAACAAAGAAAUGCAGAACAAACUGUAUGAUCCAAACCCAGGAAAAAGCCUAGAUAUUGUGGAAAGUAGCAGUGCACUUAAUCCACAACAAAAGAAUUCACAAAAAACAACAGAAUCAGACUUGAUUGAACAAGGCUUUUCAGAAAUCAAGGAUUUUAAUGAAAUGAAUGCUGCCACCAGAAAAGCUAAAAGUAGAAGAGUUGGAAAGGAGAUAAGAGAACAUGUUGAUUGGGAUGCCUUGAGAAAACAGACAGAAGCAAAUGGGAGGAAAAGACAAAGAACACCGAACACAAUGGACUCAUUGGACUGGGAAGCUGUUAGAUGUGCAGAUGUUAAUGAGAUUGCCAACACAAUCAAAGAGCGCGGAAUGAACAACAUGCUUGCAGAACGUAUAAAGAAUUUUCUUAAUCGACUGGUUAGAGAACACGGAAGCAUUGAUCUGGAAUGGCUGAGAGAUGUUCCACCAGACAACGCAAAAGAGUACCUACUAAGCAUAAGGGGAUUGGGACUGAAAAGUGUGGAGUGUGUACGGCUUCUGACACUUCACCAUCUUGCUUUUCCAGUUGACACAAAUGUUGGACGUAUAGCUGUACGAUUGGGCUGGGUCCCUCUUCAGCCACUGCCUGAAUCACUUCAGUUGCACCUUCUAGAGCUGUAUCCGGUGCUGGAAUCAAUUCAAAAAUAUCUUUGGCCCCGACUGUGCAAGCUUGACCAGAGAACACUGUAUGAACUACAUUACCAGAUGAUCACUUUUGGAAAGGUAUUCUGUACCAAAAGCAAACCCAAUUGUAACGCCUGUCCAAUGCGAGGAGAAUGCAGACACUUUGCGAGUGCGUUUGCAAGUGCAAGACUUGCCCUACCAGGGCCAGAGGAAAAAGGUAUAGUGAGCGCAACUGAAAACAGGACAAAUGAGCAAAGCCCUGCUGUGAUGGUCAAUCAUAUGCCGCUGCUGCUACCCCAGGCCAGUGAACCAUCAGAAGGAAAUCAGCAGUCAGAACCCAACCAACAUAUAGAAGCAAAAUAUGCAGUCAGUAAUUGUGAACCUAUUGUUGAAGAGCCAUCAUCACCAGAACCAGAAUGCCCAAAAGUAACAGAAAAUGAUAUGGAGGAUACCUUCUGUGAGGAUCCUGAAGAAAUUCCUACAAUCAAGCUGAAUAUUGAAGAGUUCACUCAAAAUUUGCAGAACUACAUGCAAGAAAAUAUGGAACUUCAAGAAGGUGAUAUGUCAAAAGCCUUAGUUGCUUUGACAGCAGAAGCAGCUUCUAUUCCUGCGCCCAAGCUUAAGAACGUAAGUCGGCUGCGGACAGAGCACCAAGUAUUCGAACUUCCAGAUUCCCACCCUCUCCUGCAAGGGUUGGAUAAACGAGAACCUGAUGAUCCAUGCUCUUACCUUCUUGCCAUAUGGACACCAGGUGAAACAGCAAAUUCCAUUCAGCCACCUGAAAGUAGGUGCAAGUGCAACUCCCAAGAAUAUGGCAAACUGUGUGAUGAGAAGACAUGUUUCUCUUGCAACUGUAUACGGGAAGCAAAUUCACAAAUUGUUCGGGGGACACUUUUGAUACCAUGUCGAACAGCAAUGAGAGGGAGCUUUCCCCUCAAUGGCACAUAUUUUCAAGUUAAUGAGGUAUUUGCAGACCAUGAUUCUAGCUUGAAUCCAAUUGAUGUUCCCAGAACUUGGAUAUGGAACCUACCAAGACGAACAGUGUACUUUGGGACAUCAAUACCAACAAUUUUUAAAGGUUUGACAACAGAAGGUAUUCAACACUGUUUUUGGAGAGGAUAUGUUUGUGUGAGAGGAUUCGACCAGAAGACAAGGGCACCUCGCCCUUUGAUAGCCAGGCUGCAUUUCCCAGCCAGCAAGUUAAACAAGGCAAAAGGCAAGAACUCUAAUGAUUCGCAGAUAGUGCCUUAAAAUAACCAACACUUUUUCCGGAAUGAACGGAUGACUAUAUCAGAGUGUUCAGGCAACAAUAACCAAUAGCAUCACAUUCAACGAAUGUAACUUGUUUUUCAUUGAAAAAAAGAAAAAAAGGGAAAAACUCUAGUUGAGUUGUAUGCUCCCAUGACUGAUGAGGAUGUAACGUGUACAUGUUUAACAAGACUGUAAUUUUCUUAAUGUUAUGCUCAUAUUUGAGCCAUUCUUCUGAAA